UUCAGAAUCUCAAGAGCAAUGGUUUAAAAAAUCAGCGACCAUAUUAUUUUACCUGGUGUAUGCAGUACUGCGUUUUGCCGCAGUGAAUCGGAACAAACUGCAUCGUGGACUCUUUAGAACGCUGCUAUCCCGUUAACAGGGUUCACUCAAUAUUCCCUAAUCUCACACUGGCGGCAAGCAUACAAGCCUGCACGCCCGGUCAAGGAAGCAGCACCGGGGUAGCCUGGUGGAACAUGAUGAACAGUGGGCCCCUGUACGAGGAGAACCCCCCCGUCCACAUCAAGACCUCGCCGUCGUCGACCCCCGUGACGACCUCCAACUCCUCGACGGCCUCCACGUCGCCGUCCUCCGUCACCUCCAACUCGGGGCCCCUCCACAUCCCGGCCAAGCGGCUCGUCGGCUACGGCGACUGCGAGUCCGGGGUCAUCCGCCACCACCACGGCUCCCACGGCUGGAACUACUCCCCGGCCGAGCAUCCCCAUCCCGGCUCGGGCACCUUCGACGGCUACAACAAUGCUCCCACCUACUACAACCUCGCCGGCGACCCCGCCGCCCGGGACUCCCGCAAGGCCACGGCGCUGACCUUCUGGUCGCCGGCCGCCUCGACGCCCGACUACAAGUACGGCGGCCCGGGGACGACGCCCGGCACCUCGGCCGCCGAGCAGGCCUUCCCGCAGACCUGGUGCAACUACUCGCCCUACUCCACCUCGGCGCGGCACCACCCGCACGGCGAGCACCCCCAGUCCAUGUCCUAUCUCACCCCGCCCGAUGACAGGAAUAGGGUCUCGUCCAUGGUCGAGAGCGGGCACUACGACUCCUACCUCUCCAGGAGUUACCCACCGCCUGACUCCGUACCUACCUCUGUGCCCUACCCGCCUCCAGGAUCGUUCCCGGGAGUGGGGAUGCCCGGCAUGGCUGUGAGCUCGAACCCUUUGGCCGACUGGGCCGGUCAGGCGACGGCGCGGAAGAAGCGGAAGCCGUACUCCAAGUUCCAGACGCUGGAGCUGGAGAAGGAGUUCCUCUUCAACGCCUACGUCUCGAAGCAGAAGAGGUACGAGCUGGCGCGGACCCUGAACCUGAGCGAGCGGCAGGUGAAGAUCUGGUUCCAGAACCGGCGGAUGAAGAACAAGAAGAACUCGCAGCGGCAGCAGGCCCAGCAGAACAACAACAACAACACGUCGGCCAACGCCAACCACCACGCCCACCACGGCCACGCGCACGCCCACCCCGUCACCCACCACGUGAACCACCACCCCACGCCCAACGGCGCCCUCAAGCACCACCAGUGACCUCUGCCCUUCUCUGGGGCGCUCCUCCACAACAACCACCACCAGCACUACGCCGCCUCCUAAGCGCCCACCCCCGCCCAGCGGGCUCAUUAUCGAAAUCGAUAGACAAAGCUAUAGACAACGAAGGAAUUGAGAGUAUGAAGCGAUCCUAUUGGUUGAAACCGGUGGUCUUUACAGACGAAGAGGUAAAAUGGUAGACUAACUGUCGGUUCUCUUGUCGGUUGCCGUGAGUUAGUCUAUUAUCCACCUCCUUUGUCCAUAACUCCACGCUUCCACCAAUGGGAUCUCUGCAUAUCCCUUUUAUCUUCUUUCUCUAUAGCUUUGUCUAUCAAUUUCAAUAAUCGGCCCGCAGGGCUCCUGGAGCUCUGUCCAGAUUCAUUUCUUUCUAGGCCGUCAUCCGGAACUUGCUGUGAGAAGUCUUGCUUCUUACAGCCUGUGUCACACUAUCGAGGCUAGCCAUCAAAAUAUCAAGGUCAGGAGUUGUGAUUGGCUUAUUCCGUGACUUGGACCAAUCACAGCACUCGACCUUGACAUUUUGAUGGAGUAUUCUGAAUAUGUGACACAGGCUCACCGCCUCAUUGUUGAAAUUCUGGGUUUGUUGGGCAGAUCACACAAGACCAGCGGGCUGAUCAUAGAAAUUGACAGACAAAGAAGACAUAGGACAUAGAGCGAUCCUAAUGGUUGAAACGGGUUGGUGUCAUAGACGAAGGGGGAAAAUGAUGGACUAACUAAAGGGUCUCUCAUGGGAUGCUAUUAAUUUGGCCAUUACUUACCUCCUCUACCCGAUGCAUCCACCCGCUUCCAUUAACAUGAUCUCUUUUUCCCCCUUUUGCCUUCUUUGUCUAUCAAUUUCAAUAAUCAGCACUCCGGGAGAAAUGGAGCUAUUUGAUUCGCUCGCUAGGUUGUUCAGGUGACAGAGGAAGUCGCUAAUUGGGUUGAGCAAUCGACUAGCUAAAGGCACCUUCUCCCUGGCUGGUCUGCCGUGCCUAGGAAAAACGACAUAUGAGCCUUUAGGCGUUACCGUGUUUCUUUCGAUAAAGAACGAAUUUGCUGGAAAAAUUCUGCAGUUUUGCUUUUUUCAAUUUUUCAAACGAUUUUCUUCGGAAUUCAAUCUAAUGUAUGUGAGAGUUUAAAGGAAAAAGAUACAUAACUUCAAUAAUUAAUAUUUUACGUGUCAGAUUUGGCAACGUCCAAAGGUUCAUAAGGCGUUUUCUCUUAGCACGGCAGUGGUAGCCAGUCGAUUAAUCGGCCUGAUACGUAGUUCUCAGUCGCCCAAACGACGUAGCCGACCAAUCUUACAACUCCAUUUCACCUGAUUCUUGUCUUGUCUACCAGACAAACCAAACAAACUGUGAAACCCAACGAAAUUCCGAGAAAUUGUAGUGACACGCUCCGAAACAUCCUUCCUUCAAAAUUGUUUUCUUUCUUUUCUGAACUGAAAACGAUCGGAGUUUUUUCUCUCUCACAUUAUGCCGAAAGACAGUUUAAAUCCCUCCGAAAAGAGCUGACGAAAGCAGUAGCAGAAAAGCACGUUCCGAGAAUUAUGCAAAGCAUCUCAAUCAUCCGAUUCCACGGUCGGCUUGUCGGCCUUAUUGACUCGUAAUCCCCAUCUCCCGGUGCUCUAACGCCUUAUUUAGGCGGCUCAAUCCAAUUUUUUCAGGACCUGCCGAGAGCGGAUCGUGGCCUAAGCGUCAUCGGGACCAACCGGUGAUACGCAAGCACCGCGCUGAGUGUCUUUCCUCGGAGGAUUUCGGUGAAAGCACGAAUGUCGUAGUACGCACCAAAAACCAGUAAUAAGUCGCGAAUUGAGUCAUUAAGCCGCAAAGUAUAUUGCCGUGCUAUGGAAUAAUGCCGUAUGAACAUUCGAGAGUUGCAAAAUUUCCUCCGGUAUAAUGUUAAAUUUUGA